UCAUACACACACUCUUUCUCUAAUCCCAGCACUGUGACUCUCACAUGAUGCAGGAAUGUUUAAGAUCUCAGCCAUGCUCUUUUACACUGCUGCUCUUUCACAAGCACUCUCUUCAUCUAUGCUUUUUUUUCCACGCUUCUUUCUUUGGUACUGACCGGCAUGUUAGUGGGCACAGUGUCCCAAACCAGUAAUAUGAGAUGAGCUCCUUUUGGCUUUCCAAGAGGAUUCCUUUUUUCUGGAAGCCGAGGUCCAAAAUACAGGAUGAUGUGACCAGACCACUCAUAUCAGAGGUGACCACUAGGAAUGGCACUCAAUACCUGGCCACAGAUAUCAGCACAGAGAGGCAAAAAAAUUCAAGCUCAUCAAAUCAUGAUCAGCAAACCAAACUGCCAUCCCACAGCUCCUCUGAUCUGACUGUCUUUCUGCUGAAAUAUGUGCUCUUCACUAGCAACUUUGUCUUCUCUGUGCUGGGACUGGCCACCUUAGGAAUUGGGUUCUGGGGUCUUAUGAACAAGGAAUCCUUCGCUCGGGAGAAGCUGGAUGGCCUUGGCACUGAUCCCAUGCUGCUCUUAGUUUUUCUUGGCAUGCUGCUUUCACUGCUUUGUCUAACAGGCUGUGUGGGAGCACUAAGGGAGAAUUACUGCCUGCUGCGUACUUUCUCUGCAACACUGCUAAUUCUUGUAGCUGCUCAGGUCCUGAUAGCCAUUGUGGCUUACAGCCUUCAGGACUGGAUUACCGAGCUGCUGCGCUCAACCAUGCUGAUGGCUAUGACACGCUACCAGGAUGACCUGGACCUGAGGUUUAUUACAGAUGAGAUCCAGGUUGGGCUGCAGUGCUGUGGGGUGGAUAACUAUCGAGACUGGGAAAUCAACCAGUACUUUAACUGCUCAUCUCCAGGCGUGCAGGCAUGUGGCGUUCCUCCCUCCUGCUGUGUGGAUCCACUGGAAAAUGGCACAGUGUGGAACUCACAGUGUGGCCUAAGGGCACAGCAGCUGGAUGAGUUCUCAGCCCAAAGUGUGAUUUUCUUGGGGGGCUGCCUGGGCAGUAUUUCACGCUGGAUCAACUUGCACUCUGAGGUUAUUGGCAUAGUAACAGCUGCCCUGCUUGGAGUCCAGAUCCUCACACUGGUCAUUACUACACGCUUGCUGGAUAGAAUCCAACAGAACACAAUAAAAGCAUGUCAAAGAAAUCACAAUCUUCUUAAGGUACAAAAUGACUAGUAUCAAUAUGCUUGUGCAUUAACUCCUAUUUAUGUUACAUAUGUUUUACAAGUGAAUGAUCACUUCUCCUCAUCACUUUUCCUGUUCUGGGAAUUUGAUUUUUUUUAUUUUUUUUUUUACUUGUGUUUCAAUUAGAAAAGACAGAUCUAUCAUUCCCAACACACAGACGUCAUACACUCAGUGUUACAAAGAAAUGUACACUUCCUUGAAAAGUACAAAAUAAAGCUUUAAUCAGUGCUCAAGUCAUUCCAGUGCUGCUAAUGAUUGUGGGUCUAAACACAACACAAUCAUAGCACUCAACUGAUUUUAGACAAAACACGAAUGGCUGCUUAAAGACUUGAAAAUAAACACUUUCUUUGCAAAAUGACUUCUACGUAAUCAAAUUCAAUCAGGACUGCAACAUAAAAAAAAAACCUAACAAUUUCCACUACUGAGAGAUCUGCUCUUUUAAACAAGAGUGGCACAUGAGAGUCACACGUUGAUGGUAAAACACAAAGAAAUGUUUGUUUAAAACAUCGAACGUGACCAGAAACAUAUUUCCAUCACAAAUAUUUUGCUGUAAUCAUAAUCUCAAUAAUAGUCAAAGACCAUGUGAAUAUAAGAAGAAAUGGUUUGAUGUACCAAACAGAAACUGUAUCAAAAGAAACAUAAACGUAAUCUACUUAUUAUAUUAUAAUAACUUAUAUAUUUAAUAAUUACUCACAUUUGAGGGUGAAGUAAUACAGUAUUUGCUAGACACUAGAUUUUUUACUACCCUCUGACUUACGUUUUCCUCUUUGUUCCCCUACUCAUUGUCUAAGCUACGAACAGGUGAACAGGUCAUGUAGAAAUCCUCUGCUUACUGCUAGAUACUGCUAGAACUCUACGUAGUACAGGAGGGAUGUUUUUCUCAGAUGAUGCCAUACUGAGAUAAUUCAUGCAGCUCCAGAUGACUGAAUGCUUCCCAGGGGCAGAUCACAGUGAUAUCUGCAAAAGAGAACAGCAUCUGUAUUAAACCUUCAGCUCUGUUAUUCUCUUUACAUGAGUGCCAUGAUUUAAGAAGUUAAGAAUGAGUCUUUUAUGUAAUCUGUACCAGUUCCCAAGCCUUCCAUUCCGGGAAUUUCUUCACCAAACCUGUAAAACACACACACACACACAGUACAACAGUUCCAGUGACUUUAUUAAGCUUGAAAAUAACAGUUCAUAAAUAAUUGUGCACUAAUACUUGCUUAAUGAUGAGUUACGGCUAAUUACAAACUAAUGAAGAGUUAACCUUAACUAUGGCAUGAGUCUUAUGAAUUAAUGCAUGAAUAACAACCACCUUAAGCACAUAUUUGUGAGUACAUAUUGGUUAGUUAAUGUAUUAAGGACUAAUACCAAAAAAUAUUAUUACCAAAUCUUAUAGAAUCUUAUAGAAGCCUGUCAAAUGAAUAAAUAUUACUAAAUUAUUGAAUUCACUCUUGUGGGUAAAAGAGCAGAGCUUCAGGCCAGAGCCACCGAGAGCAUGUACUAGUACUAUAUUGAGAUUUCUAGAGAAAAGGCUGAAGAAUGAUGCAAAACAGAUGGAGAUGAAAUUAUAGGUGUUUACUUUUAGUGCACCAUCCAGUAAUGUCUGUGUACACAGCUGCAUAUGCUAAAAUGAUACACGCUAAUUCAGAUGCUUUCUUAAAGAGCAUAUUUGAUUUAAUGUACCCCUAUGUGUUAAUUAAUACAUUAACUACCAAACGGGUACUAAGAUGUACUUAAUGUGGUGGUUAUUCAAGCAUGAAUUCAUAAGACUCACACUGUACUUACAGUUAGCUCAUUAUUAGUUCAUAAUGAAGUAAGUAUUCGGCUAUUAAUGCAUGAUUUUUCAUGCACUGUUACUGUAAAGUGUUACCAAGGUGCACUGAAGGAUUUCCCUUUUAUUUAUUUUUAAAAAUAAGACCAAAAAUUCAUUACAGUUACAAAUCUAAAAUGACACAAAAUCCACAUCUUAAAAAGUAUUUGAAAAUAAAAUGUAUUUACCCGAUGACUCCUCUCUUGGGUGGUUUGCUUUUGAACUGCCUGUUGGAUCUCUGUUUGAAACGCGGU